UGGCUACAAAAUCUCAUAAAGCAAUGCAAAAAAGUGUUUGGGAGUGCGCGACAGCGAAAGUUCCCGCCAAUGUACACGAAUUCAGUGCUAUGUCCCGGGCCAAAUCCCUUAAACAUAUGUACGUUGUGCGGUCAGACGGUCCAUGUGGUAAGUGCCGCAUUUAUAAUAAACACUGCCCUAAACUAUUUCUGAGUAUUUCAUAACGCCUAACGAUAAUGCAUAAACGAUGUACCUGGAAAGGCCUGUAGAGCUCACAUACGAGUACAAAUAUCUGUACAUAAUUUUGAACAGCAGUCGGCAGCAAUAGCAUGGUCUCGUUAGUAAUGCUUCUCGUGUCAAUGGUCCCUCGAGCAAAAGCACAUUCCAGCAUUCCGAUAAUAUUAUAUCAUCGUUGUGCGAGAAGCCGUAAAUACACUGAAAACCUGGUCUAAUGCAAUAGAAAGAAGCCACAUAAAUUAUCAUCUUAGUAUUUAUGCAUCCCAAAAAGGAAUAAAUAGUGCAUUGCUGCCGUAAUACCGAUAAGUGUAGCGAAAGGAUUCAGAACCAUGGCUGGCCAGCGAAAUGGGUUUGCAACUGAAACGUUGAUACGUGUAAUCCGUAUCCCGUACGUACUGCUCCUGGUAUUCACACUUCAUGGCACUGCCGCAGUGUCCGAUCAAAAUUCCACUAGAGACCAAAUUGACCGCCCAUCCAACUCCACCAAUUUCGACGCAAUCGACUCGACCGCGCUCGUUAUUCACCACAUCGACGCUGCUGGUCUUUUUUCCGAAUCAGCUAAUCGUACCACUGGAAAAGCAGUUCAAGAUAUAAAUCUACCGUUUGAAAUGCGCAAUGCCACCGCGGACGACCCUGAAAUUCAACCCAUCGGAAUGACAUCCGUCAUGAUCACGUCUAUCGGCUUCCCCAGCACUAUAGACUGCCCUUUACCCGAGUACCCCAUGAUCCGCAUCCUGGGCGGUCAAUUCGUGAAUUUGACCACCGAAUCUAAGCAGAAUGUUAACACCACCGCCGACCAUUGGCUGAAUAUGACGUGUGAGGGAGGUUUCCAUGGGCGUGCGUGUCCGUAUACCUUGCGGCUGGCGCACCAGUGCUCCGGUGCCUCGGUGAACUGCACCGUUUUCAUUGAGCAGCCGGACGAAAUGGCACGGUGUCCGGUAGCGUACUACGAGGUGCGGUACCAGUGCCUGCCCCCACUGACACCGGAUAAUCCCUUGAAACCGUAUACCCUGCUGCCACCUGGAAGCGAUGGAAGUGGUCCUUGUGCUUUGUUAUACGUGCCGAGCCCGUCACCAAGUUUAACUGGAAGUUUCAACGUUCCCCUUUUUGCUUGAGAAUGUGUAUGCCGAAGCGUCGCUCAAUGAGCGCUAUUGCGAGAUCCAAUAAGUGGCUUUUAAAGAGUGCCCAACCGUUGGAUGAACUUGAAAAAAAUUUAUCAGAGGCGAGUAGAUACCUUGUUCGGAAAAUUCCAUGCAUGAUGGGUCAUUAUGAUUCUCACUGUUGUUUGUUUUGUUAGAUAGAUUACCAUGGGAAACGAAAAAAAAUAAUUUCUGCUGUUCGUCUGCAAAUUAACUUCAAAAAAACCCAAGUGUCUCAACAAAAAUUAUGGUUGGGCUGUAAAGU